AUGGCUGUCUCGGGCCUUUGCACUCAGCAGUCUCAGGGCAGGUCGCAAAACUCAUACACUUCUCGCCAAUCACCUACCCAAAAAUUGUUAUCUAAUGUUGUUCUUCUUCCUCUUGAGCAAAUAGUUAAACUCAAAGACACUACUUUUUGUGCUACGGUUGCUACAAUUACAAAAAUCUUUGCCUCAAAAUAUGGCUGGUACUACCAGGCAUGCCAUGAAUGCCCAAAUAAAGUCACCGGUGAUAAACCUCCCUACAAGUGUGUAAAGGGACAUGACACUGAAACUGCCAUAUUCAGGUAUAAAAUAAAGGUGGGUGUUCUUCAUGCUGGUACAAAAUGCAAGUUUGUUUUGUGGGACAAGGAAAGUGAGGAACUAUUGGAGGUGUCGGCUGCUCAUAUGCACGAAACAAUGUUUCAGGCUGGAAUAUUUGAUCCCCUUGAUUUCCCGCUGGCACUUGACAAGCUCCUGGAUCAGGAACUUGCCUUCAAAGUCAAGUGGCAACCAGAUUGGUCUAAUUGCUCUGUCAUCAUGUUGGUGAAAGAUAAACCUAUAGUGGAUCAACUAAAAGCUGAAUGGGUGGAUGCAACUGCAGUUAGUUCACAACAGCUUAACGCCCAUGUCAACCAUGUCAAGGAGAGUGUUUAUGAGGCUGUUCCUGUUGAUGAUUCCGACAUUGUUACGGAUCCUGAAAUUACUUCCAAAUUGCACGGUGAACCGGUCACACCUACGGGAAAAAGACAGAACCCGGAUCCAUCCAUUGAAUCUACAAGUCAUGCAACACACAGCGAAGGAGAUUUGUCUUCGACUAAACUUAAGAAACCAACCAGGAUCACUAGGAAAUUAGUGAAGAUUGAAAAAUAG